AAAUUGCUUGUGCCAAGAAAAUUCGAUUCAGUUUAGUUCCCGCAGUGCUGUUCAAAAUACAUAGGCUCUAGUCGACUAAAUAGAAACUGGUGAACGAUGGCGAAAAACAAUCUCACGGCAAUUCUUUACGGAAUUAAUGACAUUCGAUUGGAACAAACACCAAUUGAAGAACCAAAUGAAGGCGAGGUUCUCCUCGAGAUGAGCUGCGUUGGAAUUUGUGGAUCUGAUGUUCAUUAUUUAGUGGCAGGACGAAUUGGCGAUUUUAUUGUGAAAGAGCCGAUGAUUAUAGGUCAUGAAGCUUCUGGGACUGUUGUUAAACUUGGAAAAAAUGUGACGAACCUUAAGGUUGGGGAUAGAGUCGCUAUUGAACCAGGAGUUUCAUGCAGAAUGUGCUCGUUCUGUAAGGAAGGACGCUAUAAUUUAUGUCCUGAUAUGAUAUUUUGUGCUACGCCACCAGUUCAUGGAAAUCUUCGAAAAUACUAUAAACACGCUGCCGACUUUUGUUUCAAACUACCAGAUCAUAUGAGUAUGGAAGAAGGAGCUCUUUUAGAACCCUUGUCAUGUGGAGUUCAUGCAUGUAAACGUGCCAAUGUUGGAAUUGGAUCAAAAGUUUUAAUUUUAGGAGCAGGUCCCAUUGGUCUUGUUACUUUACUUGUUGCCAAAGCCAUGGGAGCUAGUAAAAUUGUCAUUACUGAUCUUGUGCAGGAAAGAUUGGAUAUGGCAAAACGAUUAGGAGCAGAUGCAACAAUGUUAAUAAGAAAAGAUGCAACGGAGAAGGAUAAUAUUAAGAAAGUCUACGAAUUAUUUGACGAUCAACCUGAUAAAACUAUCGAUGCAUCCGGUGCUCAAUCGUCUAUUCGUUUGGCAAUUUUGGCUACCAAAUCCGGUGGUGUAGCAGUUUUAGUCGGAAUGGGUGCACCUGAGGUUCAGAUUCCACUUAUUGAUGCACUAGUUCGAGAAGUGGAUAUUAGAGGCAUCUUUCGAUAUGCUAAUGACUAUAAGGACGCUUUAGACCUCGUGGCAUCGGGAAAGAUAAACGUAAAGCCGUUAAUCACCCACAAUUUUAAAAUUGAAGAAACGAAAAAAGCUUUCGAAGCUGCUAUGACUCCAGAAUGUAAAGCCAUCAAAGUAAUGAUACACUGCUAAUAUUUUUCCUUCCUCUGUUAUGAAUAAAAAUUAUAUAUGUGAUAAAAAAAAGUCCCUAUGGUUCAGAACCCUUUUUAAGUGUAAAUGAAAAUUAAAUAUUUUAUACAAAUAAAGAUUGUUUUAAACAAAAAUAA